AUGGCCGACACCAAGUUUGGGAUUCGCCAUGUUAUCGGCGCUCCAGUGGCAACAACAAUGCUAUCGCAACAAGGAUUGGUAUGCAUACCUCCCAGAACUGCUAAGUUUACCCUCGGCGAAUGGAAACUGAACAAUGACGUGAAAAGCAGGAUCACCACGGACCAGCAACAACUAGCAGACAAGGUCCUCGGAGAAUGUCAGAGAGUCCGGGAAGAAACAGAAGACAGAAGCAAAAUAUUACAAGCUACUUCCGAAAGGCGCAUUGAGGAACGUAUAUCAGAUGUUGAAUUUAAUAAGAAGGAGUUAUGUCUACAGAGAAAAGAAAUCUGCAUCGAACUUGAAGCUAUGAGUGUGUAUAAAACUAGGCUGCAAGAUUGUCUGGCCUCUUUAGAACAAAAUGCUUUAAAUAUAUGUAGAAAAUGUCUCAUGCUGAGAGACGGCAGGCUGGGAAUCGAUCUAGUGGUCGACAAUGUAGAAGCUGCUUUACAAGAAGAAAUAUCAACCAUUCUUGGCGCCAAAAGCCUAUUGGAGCGAGCUCUUGAGCAGUUGAAUGAACAAAUGAGACGCCUGCGUUCCAUGCGAUACCAGCUCGAUUGUGAUUUGCAAUACAAACAAGCUGCUAUUGAUGUCGAUAAAGUUUCGCUUACAUUAAAACCAACAGACAUAUGUUUCCCUAUUUACGAAGGUUACACAAAUAUGGACCCAGCAGACAUAUCAACUGAAGAAUACAACUUCUAUUCCACUAAAAAUAUACAACAGGCAGCGAAAGAAGUGAGUUCCGCGCGCCCGAUACGAGUAUUUAUUGACACAUUAUUGAAACAGAUCGUCGACGACUUGUGGGCGGCUUAUAACAAAUGCAAUCAUGCAUUUAACGAGCGAAUACAAGCGACCAAGCUCGCUAAAGGAAACCUGGAGGAUAUGCAUCGUGAGGUCACAGAAAAGGCUCAUGCCAUGCAAAAUAAUAUUGAUUUGUUGAAGAAAGCUAUUGCUGAUAAAGAAGGAUACAUCGGUGUGGCGCAUACGAGGCUUGGGAGAAGGGCUCAGCGAGUUGGCGCCGAGUUGGUGAAAGAUUCCCCAGGUCAAGCCCUGUACUAUGAAUGUGAAAUGCUUCGCCACAGCACUGAGCAGCUGCAGAAGAUGCUGCAAGACGCCGCGGCCGCUCUUCGUUAUCUGUCUCAGACUCAAAUCCAGUUGGAAGAGGACAUCAAUAUAAAGAUGAAUACUUUGAAGAUCGAUGAGGUGGAUUGCAUGACUCUGAGGGCGACAAUUGACUAUCAUGCCUAUUGA